AUGAUCAACACAUCACAUGAAGAACCUCAACAGCCGACUGAUCAAUCACAACAGCAGCCACAAACCAAUGAAGGAUUUGCAGGAGGACUACAGCUAUCCAUAACAAAGAGUGAAGGUGGAUAUAUCUAUAUCGAAUUCCCAGAAGGAGAUCCACAGAACCCAAUGAACUGGUCAUUACCGAAAAAGAUUGUUACACUUAUUUGUACAUUCUUCUUUGCUGGUUCAACAGCAAUUAACGGGACAGGUUUCAAUUCAAUGCAAGAACAAGUGAUGGAAACUUUUAACAUUUCACAAACGGUUUUCUUGUUGGGUAAUUUACUCUAUUUGAGUAUCGGUGUUGCAUUUACACCAUUACUAUUAGCACCUCUAUCAGAAAUUUUUGGAAGACAACCAAUCUUUAUGAGUUCAGCCGCAAUCUUUGGAUUGUUAUACAUUCCUGCCGCUUUGACACCAACGUUUGCCGGUUUCUUGAUCGUUCGUUUCUUACAAGGUUGCGUUGCAUCCGUUGGAAAUUCUAUGGUCGGAGGAACAGUUUCGGAUAUUUUUCCUUCCAAGAAACGUGGUUUACCGAUGAGCUUGUUCGCUCUUUCGAUUUAUGUUGGACAGGCUAUUGGACCUUUCACCGUUUCAUAUACCGUAGCAAAUCCUAAACUUGGUUGGAGAUGGGUUUUUGCUUGGCAAGGCUUUAUUGGCGCUUUGGUCUUCGUUUUGAUGGCUGUCUUUCUUCGUGAAACACGAGGACCUGUUCUUUUGAGUAGACGGGCACGCUCACUGACAAAAUCCGAUCCACAAAGGCGACAAUACAAAUGUUCAGCAGAUGAUGAUCGAGUUAGUUUCUGGAAAGCGGUAAAAAUAAGUCUUUCACGUCCUGCAUGGUGGCUAAUAAGUGAACCAAUCGUAACAAGUUUCUCACUUUGGAUUGGAUUUUUGUGGGGUUGCAUUUUCCUUUUGUUGGAAAGUGUUCCGAUCGUUUUUGAUGUUUAUGGUUGGACAGAUCCACAAAAGUCACUCGUUCUUCUAUCCUUAGCCGUCGGUGCAUUCUUUGCAUGGCUAUGCAACUUCCACCAAGAAAGACUGUAUGCCAGAGCAGUGGCAAAAGCAGCCCCGGAAAAAGUGGCUCCCGAAGCAAGAUUAUAUUAUGCAUGCUUGGGCGGAAUACUUGCACCGAUUGGAUUUUUCAUCUUUGCAUGGACAGGUAGAGCAGGCAUUCAUCCUGCUGCUCCGAUCAUUGGAUUGGUUAUAUUUGCAGGUGCAUCAUUUUGGAUUUAUUUGGCAGUAUUCACAUACAUUGCCGAAUGUUAUGAAAUUUAUGCAAGUUCAGGAUUAGCUGCACAAUCAUGGCUAAGAAACGUCUUGGCAGGUUCUUUUCCUCUUUUCGCAACCGGAAUGUAUCACAACCUCACACCGCCAAUCGCAUCAACCGUUUUAGGCGUCAUUGCUGCCGUCUUAGGAGUUUGUCCUUUCAUGCUCUUUUUCGUUGGCGGUAAAAUUCGAUCAAAGAGUAAAGUUGCAAAAGCAUUGGCAGCGGAAGAAGAACAAAGGAUGAUCAAGAUGAAACAAGAACGCGAAAGAAACGAAAGAAGGGCAGCAAGACGAAAAAACGUUACGGGAGACGUAGAGAAAGCCUAA